AUGAUCCAGAGAAUUGUACCCCGCAUCGACGUCGCCUGUACCACGAGAAUGGCACUGCAUCCGCUCCAAGACGAAAAGCUCAUCUUCGGACCCUCCGAAGGCAAAGCCCCCCAAUUCACCCUCGGCACCCUCCACCGCGCCGACCUCAACCCAACAUCUCCCAUCCCCCAAUUCCACGCCUGGUACACCCAAGCCCGCGCCGCCGGCCUGCCCGCCCCGCAGACCUGCGUCCUCUCGACGGCCUCCCUCCCCUCGGGCCGUGUAUCCUCGCGCCUCGUCUACCUCAAGGAGCUCGACGGCGCGGGCUCCUUCGUGAUAUACUCCAACUUCGGCACGUCGCGCAAGGCCGAGGACCUCGAGACGAACCCCUCGGCGAGUCUGGUGUUUUGGUGGGAGCCGCUGCAGAGGCAGGUGAGGGUGGAGGGGGUUGCGGAGCGGAUGACGCCGUUGGAGAGUCAGGAGUAUUAUGAUACGAGGGAGAGGGGGAGUCGGAUUGGGGCUUGGGCGAGUAAGCAGAGUGUUGUGUUGAGGCCGAAGGGGGAGACGAAUGGGCAGGCGAAUGGCGUGAAGAAGGAGGGCGGGGAGGAACAAGGCAAACAGGAGGAUGGUGAUGUCGUCGAGGAUGAUGGCAGGGCAAGGUUGGAGGAGUGGGUUGAGAAUGUGGAGCAGAGGUUCGAAGGGCAGGAGAAGAUCCCCAUUCCUGAUUUCUGGGGCGGGCUGAGGAUCGUGCCGGAUCGGAUUGAGUUUUGGCAGGGGAGGAAGAACCGGCUCCACGAUCGCUUUGUCUACGAGCGGGAGGGCGGUCCCGUUGAGGACGGCAAGAAGGGAGUCAAGGACGCGAAGUGGACCUUGCAGAGGUUGAGCCCGUAA